UUUGCGAGAGGAAAUGCAAUGACAGUCACGAUUUGUGAUUCUCGCGUGUGAAGUGCCAAAUAUUUCGAAAUGAAGUGUCUAGUGAGUUUACUGUUAUUGGCGGCGUUGUUGGGCGUGAAUGCUUACGAAUUCGAUGAUAGCACCUUCAAUGAAUAUCUCUUCAAGGAGUUGCAGUCUCUACAAGAUGAUGACAUUGCCGACGAUUUGCCAACACAUCGUGCGCGACGCGAAACCGAAGUAGAAAACUCAGCCGAAAAGGAGGCCAAAGAGUGCGCUAAACAUAACUGGAAGAAGGAUAUGCAUUGCUGUAAGGGUAGCAAUGUCAAUGAUGAACAAUUGGAACUUUUCAUGAAUGUUAAGAAAGAGUGCAUCGCAGAAUUAAAGGGCGAACCAGCCGAUGACGCCUAUGAUCCAUUCAAUUGCGACAAGAUGCAACAAGUUAAGGAGCAAAUGAUUUGUGUCGCUGAAUGCGUUGGAAAGAAAUUCCAUAGCAUCGACGAAAACGGUCAAUUCAAACGUGAUGUUAUUUUGGAGCAACUGCGCAAACAAAUCGGGGAUGUGCAAUGGAAAAAAGAUGCUAUAGAAGGCUAUGUCGACAAAUGUCUAGCUGAAGUGAAGGAAAAGCACGAGCAAUUAGAGAAGGCGGGAAAACUAUCCGAAGGCUGCAGUCGUUGUCCAUUGGCCUUCAGCGGUUGCAUGUGGCGCGAAUUCUGGAAUGGCUGUCCGGCUGAGUUGCAUGUCGACACGCCAAAGUGCAAUAAAUUGCGUGAACGCGUGACCAAAAAUGAUAUUCAAUUCUUUGGCAAGCACUUGCUAUUCAAAUAUUAUCCCAACUCGAUGGAAUAGAAUUACUAUAAAAAGUAGUUUGAAUAAAUUUUUAUUUGAAGAGAA